GCACAAUAUACUUAGUCAGUCCGUUCUCCGUAAGUGGGACGGAUAAGGUAGGGCAUUGUAAUGCCUUACCAAACGAUUUCGUACGAUAACUAUAGUUAGUUUAUACAUAAAAUAUUUAUUAAAAGUGUAGCAUCUUUGUUAUUAUUUAAUACAAAAGUGAAGUGAAAUAGCACAACCACGUGUGAACAAAAUUAAAUGAUCAAAUAAUCCAAAUACAACAAAGUUAAAAAUUUGUAUCAUCGCUGCCCUUGUAUACUAUAAUUAGUUUUUAGUUUAUAUAAUAUUUAAAUGUUUAGUUAGACCAACUGAGUGAUUAACUUAAAAGACAAUGUCUCGAAGAAAAUUGUUAAUUGGUACUGCAGGAGUGGCCGGCGCGGUGAUAACAGGCUGGGCGCUCUCCGCUGACGACAAACCGCACUGGUACAAUCCAGGAACAGUUGCCGCUAAGACAGAACGCAAGAAGCGACCUCUGCCGUCGCGAUCGGAGCAGGUGAACAAUCUCCAAGCAGGCCACACUUAUGAUAUCCUUAUUAUUGGUGGUGGCGCCACUGGCGCUGGGUGUGCUCUGGAUGCUACCACAAGAGGGCUACGUACAGCACUUGUCGAAACUGACGAUUUCGCCAGCGGCACUUCCAGCAGAAGUACAAAGCUCAUACACGGCGGCGUGCGAUACUUGCAAAAGGCUAUCUUACACCUCGACUACGACCAGUACAAGAUGGUAAAGGAGGCGUUACACGAACGCGCUAACAUGCUGGAGGUGGCUCCACACUUGACAAGACCAUUGCCGAUCUUGCUGCCAGUUUAUAAAUGGUGGCAGGUACCCUACUAUUGGUUCGGUAUCAAAAUGUACGAUUUGGUAGCCGGUGACAGAAAUUUAAAGAGCUCAUACUAUUUAUCUAAGAAGAAUACUCUCGAACUGUUCCCUAUGUUGAAAUCUGACAAUCUGUGCGGCGGUAUCGUGUAUUACGAUGGCCAGCAGGACGACGCGCGCAUGAACCUCGCCAUCGCGCUGACGGCGGCGCGGCACGGCGCCACCAUCGCCAACCACGUCAGCGUCACCAAGCUGCACAAGACCAACGGCAAGCUCAGCGGGGCCAGGCUCCGGGAUGAACUUACGGGGAAAGAAUGGGAUAUAAAAGCGAAGUGCAUCAUCAACGCAACUGGUCCCUUCACUGAUUCCAUCAGGCAGAUGGAUGAUCAAAACGUCAAGUCUAUCUGCUGUCCAUCUUCUGGUGUACACAUUGUCCUUCCCGGAUAUUACAGUCCAGAACACAUGGGUUUGCUCGAUCCCGCUACGUCUGACGGCCGUGUAAUCUUCUUCCUGCCAUGGUUGAAGGGCACCAUAGCUGGCACAACGGAUUUGCCGUGCAAGGUCACCCACAACCCCAAGCCCACAGAGGACGAAAUUCUCUUUAUUCUUACUGAAGUCAAAAACUAUCUCAAUCCGGAUGUUGAGGUGCGGCGCGGCGACGUGCUGUCGGCGUGGUCGGGCAUCCGGCCGCUCGUGUCGGACCCCAACAAGCCCGACACGCAGUCGCUGGCCAGGAACCACAUCGUGCACGUGUCUCCCACCGGCCUCGUCACCAUCGCCGGCGGGAAGUGGACCACCUACCGCGCCAUGGCCGCCGAGACCAUCGACGCCGCUAUUGAAAGUGCAAACCUCAAGCCACUCUACAAAGAAUGUCAAACUGAUGGUUUCCUGAUAGAGGGCGCUCAUGGGUGGACUCCUACUAUGUACAUCAGAUUAGUGCAGGACUUCGGUCUUGAGAUGGAAGUCGCACAACAUUUGGCUAAGUCGUAUGGAGAUCGUGCAUUUGCAGUGGCAAAAAUGGCCAGCAUGACUGGCAAGAGGUGGCCCAUUAUCGGCAAGAAGGUGCAUCCUGAAUUUCCCUACAUCGACGCGGAGAUUCGAUACGGCGUGCGCGAGUACGCGUGCACGGCCGUGGACAUGGUGGCGCGCCGGCUGCGCCUCGCCUUCCUCAACGUGCAGGCCGCGGCCGAGGCGCUGCCCGUCGUCAUCGAGAUCAUGGCCGAGGAGCUCAAGUGGUCCGACGUCGAGAAACAGAAACAAACGAAAAUCGCUGCUGAUUUCCUCGCCAACGAAAUGGGACAGAUGGUGAACCGAGCGAGCAGAGACAAGAUUCCGAUCAACCUUAACAAGGACGAAAUACAGACGUACAUCAAACGCUUCCAAAUCAUAGACAAGGAUAGGAAAGGAUUCGUAUCCAUAAACGACAUCAGGAGAAGUCUCAAGAACUACGGCGAAGAAGUAACCGGGGAACAAUUGCACGAAAUAUUAAAGGAAAUCGACACUAACAUGAACGGACAAGUCGAACUCGACGAAUAUCUUCAGAUGAUGUCGGCUAUCAAGUCCGGUCACGUGACGUAUUCUCGGUUCGCUCGCAUGGCUGAGCUGGAGGAGGAACAUCAUGAACGAGAGGCUCUCAAGAGGAAGAUCACCGUCGAAAGGAGCGGCGGUGGCUUGUAGACACCACUAUGCUGGUAUGGCUAUUGAUCUAUCGAAUACAAUAAACGUCGCAACAAUGUAGUUUUUAAGUGUAACAAGUUAUAUCACUUAAGUAUUACUUGUCAACUUUAUCUCGAAGUGUCCUUUUUUUAAAUUAACUACUGUAUCUAGUAGCAUACGUCCAUUAUUUAUUUUCAAUUAUAAGUAAAUUAUGAAAUUUCAUCUUCACGUUGGAUUUUUAAUAUUGAGAUUAAAAUGUAAAUAAAGACAAUAUUUAAUUGAUCUAUGAAUUGGAAAUUUGCACUAAUGAGUAAAUAGUAAAAUGCCAUUCAUUUUACAUACUUACAUUCUCGGAAACAUCGACUAGAUGAUAGUGUAGUGCCUGCUAUAAAGUUGAUGCAAUAAUACUGCUCCACUGAAAUACCACCAUUGAGAAUAAUUUCAUUAUUAAUAUUAACUAUUUUUACAUAAGUCAUAAAAUUGUGAUUUGUCUACCGAAAAUUUGUUUUGUUAAGAUAUUGUUCAAAUAUUUAAUUUAUUUUAUAUUAUAGUGUUUAAUUUAUAGAAUGUUAAACGCAUAGCGUAUUUAUUUAGUUUAAAAUUACUUUUGAUCUAUAUAUUCACACAUGUAAUUUUGUUGUGCAAUAAAUUGGUUUGUAUCCCAA